GAGCGAGCGGCUCGUCCCCGCGUAUGUUCACUGUGUCCAUCCCGCGAGGAGCCCGCAGGUGAGCUGACACGGACCGAACCGGACCGGGACUAAAAUACCGAGGGACACAAUAACAGAGUCCGGUUCCUGCUCGCUCAGACCGAGAUCCGACCCACUUGACCUUCCUCACUGCCGUCUCUUAUGCCGGCGCCGGGAGCCGGAGGGGCGGAGCCUCCUCGGAUGCUGAUACUGUGCCUCCUCCCGCUGCUGUGGCUGCAACCGGCGGACGCCGAGGCCACGAGGCAAGGCGGACCGCGGUUGCAGCUCUCGCACUCAGAUCUGAGGAACGGUUCGGCCCUCUUCUGGGAAGGCGGAGUCAGCGGCGGCUAUCAGGCCCUGCUAUUGGACGAGGAUCGAGGGUGGCUGCUGGUGGGGGGGAAGGACCACGUCUACCUGCUGAGCGCGGACGGCUCGGACCUCAAGGCGCACGCGCAGGUCCACUGGCCGGCCUCCACGGAGCACGUGCAGCGCUGCCAGCUGGCCGGCAAGAGUCUGGAGACGGACUGCGCCAACUUUGUGCGUCUGCUGCAGCCGCUCAACAAAACCCACGUUUACGCCUGUGGGACCGGAGCCUUCCACCCGCAGUGUGCCUACCUGCGCCUGGGCCACACCGCACAGGAGCCGUUGUCCAUACUGUCUCACACAGUGGAGUCUGGCAAAGGGAAAUGUCCCUUCAGUCCCACGCAGGCGUUCACCGCUCGAUUGACUGACGGUGAGCUCUACGCAGGGACCCCCGUGGACUUCAUGGGGGUCAACGCUGCGGUCUUCCGUUCUCCGGUCCGGUGCAGCAGCCACAAUCACAUCCGGACCGAAGCCAACGACCAGAACUGGCUCAACGAGCCGGACUUUGUGGGCUCCUUCUCCAUCCCCGACACCCACAGCCCGGACGACGACAAGAUCUACUUCUUCUUCAGGGAGCGGGCGGCGGAGGCCGACCAGUGGGACCAGCGGGUGUACAGCCGGGUGGCUCGGGUCUGCAAGAACGACGUUGGAGGGAAGCGGAGUCUCAUCAACCGCUGGACCACCUUCCUCAAGGCCCGGCUGGUCUGCUCCGUCCCCGGCCCGUCCGGGGUCGACACGCAGUUCGACGAGCUCGAGGACAUCUUUGUUCUGGAGACCAAAGACCCUCAGAACCCGACCGUCUACGGCGUCUUCAGCACUUCCAGCUCCGUGUUUCCCGGCUCGGCGGUGUGCGCGUACUCGAUGGCGUCCAUCCGAGCGGCUUUCAACGGGCCCUUCGCCCACAAGGAGGGCCCCGACUACCGCUGGGUCGAGUACAAGGGCCGCAUCCCGUACCCGAGGCCCGGCACGUGUCCCAGCGAGACGUACGACGCGCUGCACAAGUCCACCCGGGAUUUCCCCGACGAGCUGGUGAGCUUCAUGCGGCAGCACCAGCUGAUGUGGGAGGCCGUAAUGCCCCUGGGGGGUCGGCCCGUGCUGACCCGGGUCAACGCCCCCUCCGCCCUGAGGAGGCUGGUGGUGGACCGGGUGGAGGCCGAGGACGGGCCCUACGACGUCCUGCACCUGGGCACAGAUGAUGGGAAGGUGCUGAAGGCGGUAUCGUUUGUCAAAGACAGCCUGGACAGGGAGGAGAUCAUCCUGGAGGAGCUGACCAUUUUCAAGAGUCCGACUCCCAUCCUGAGCAUGCAGCUGUCCACUAAGAGACAACAGCUGUUUGUGUCCAGCGAGGAGGGGGUGGCCCAGCUGGGGCUCCAGAGGUGUAAUCUGUACGGGUCGGACUGUGCCCAGUGCUGCCUGGCCAGAGACCCGUACUGCUCCUGGGACGGCCAGACCUGCUCCACGUACUUCCCCUCCAGCAGGAGGCGGGCUCGGAGACAGGAUGUAAAGCACGGAGACCCCUGGAGCCAGUGCCCCGUCACAGAGGACAACCCGCACUCUGUGGAGGUGAAGCCGGUGUUUGCCGUGGAGGGGAACGCCACCUUCCUGGAGUGUGUUGCUCGCUCGCCGCAGGCGGCGCUCCGGUGGACGCUGCAGCCCGCCGAGGACCAAGAGCCCCGAGAGCUCCAUCAGAGCGGCGAGGACGACCGCUCCCUCCGCACCGGGCGGGGGCUCCUGGUGCAACGCCUGCAGGCGGCCGACUCGGGCCUCUACACCUGCGCCGGCCACGAGCACUCCUACCGCCAGGUGCUGGCCCGCUACCGCGUCCACGUCAUCCCCAGCCGCGGCCUGCGCGCACCGCCGGGCCCCCGGCCCCCAGCGGGGAAGGCCGCUCCGGCUCUGGCUCUCUGGUACUUCUGGCCCCACCAGCAGCUUCCACCGAAGAGCUACAAGGACUUGCGCCGGGUGGCCGUGGAGCAGGACUGCGAGCAGCUCUGGUACCGAGAGAAGCGGCGGCAGCAGAAGCUGCGCAACUUGAAGCAUGAGAGCAAGAAGGCCCGGGUGAGGAGGAACAACCCGCCGGAGGCCGCGCUCUAGUAGUCCACGCGAACACUGUGCGGGGAAUAUUUUCACCUCUUUAUCGUUCUGUCGAGGAGCGGUUGUCUGUGCUCUCUUUAAGAAACCAGACUCCAUUGGUAAAAAAUAGGGAUUUUACCUCUCAGCUCAGGAACUGCUGCUCUGAUCAACCAAAUUGUUUAAAUCAUUGGGUGACUUUAAGGGUUAGUUCAGAUUCACCCAGGAACUAACACACCAACAAGCACCAGCGGCCCCAGUGUUCUGAGAAUCUGAAUUUCUAUUUGUAUCGAUUGAGUCCUGGUCCUCAUACAAGCCCAGUUCAAAACAUCAUAACAAAAUCUAGCACUGGUAGUGAUGAGAAGAGAAUAUUUUCCUUGAAUGUUUUGAAUUUCAUCCACAAUUCAACCAUGCUUUUUUUUCUGUCCGAAUGAUGUAUUUCAACCUGAAGAUGGCAGCAGAUUGUAGCUGAUGGCCGACACAGAGGACAAGAUAUAUAUAUAUAUAUAUAUAUAUAUAUAUAUAUAUAUAUAUAUAUAUAUAUAU